GAGCCGGUGCAGCCAUGGCCUUCCGGAGGACGGAGGGGAUGCCGCUGCUGCAGGCCCUGGCCAUGACCAUGGCGGAGAUCCCUGUCUUUGUGUACACCACCUUCGGGCAGUCUGUCUUCGCCCAGCUGCGGCUGUCCCCCGGCCUGCGCAAGGUCCUCUUCGCCACGGCGCUGGGCACCGUGGCCCUGGCCCUGGCUGCCCACCAGAUGAAGCGGCGGCGGCGGAGGCAGCUCACUGCUGAGAAGGGAGGCUGCAAGCCAGGGGGCAUCACUGUGCCCAUCCUGCCCACCAGAAGGGUCUCCUCCGUGAAGAAAGGCUACUCCAGCAGGAGGGUGCAGAGCCCUGGCAGCAAGAGCAACGAUACCCUCAGCGGCAUCUCCUCCAUCGAGCCCAGCAAGCACUCCAGCUCCUCCCACAGCCUGGCCUCGAUGGUGGCAGUCAGCUCCUGCAGCCCAGCAGCAGCAGCAGGGCUGUGGGAGGCGCAGGCAGGGGAUGCUGCGGCCGUGGGGGACUCCAGUGCUGAGAGCCUCUAUGUCCAAGGCAUGGAGCUGUUUGAGGAGGCCCUGCAGAAGUGGGAGCAAGCUCUGACCAUCAGGCAGAGGGACAGUGCCAGCACCAGCACCCCAGUGCCCUGGGACAGCAAGAGGCAGCAGGAGAGCCUCUCUGAGAGCCUCUCAGAGGAGUGCCAGAGGAGGGAGUUUGCUGAGAAGCUGGAGGCCCUGCUGCACAGAGCCUACCACCUGCAGGAGGAGUUCGGAGCCUCGCUGCCCGCGGACAGCGUGCUGCUGGACCUGGAGAGGACUCUGAUGCUGCCGCUGGCGGACGGCUCCCUGCGGCUGCGCACGGAGGACGAGGACAGCUCAGCCUCUGAGGACUCCUUCUUCUCUGCAGCAGAGCUCUUUGACUCUCUUCACUUUGAUCAGAUCCCCUUCCACCUCUCCAAGCCAGUGGCUGCCUAUGAAGAAGCUCUGCAGCUGGUGAAGGAGGGGAAGGUUGCGUGCCGGACGCUGAGGACAGAGCUCCUCGGCUGCUACAGCGACCAGGACUUCCUUGCCAAGCUGCACUGUGUCAGGCAGGCUCUCCAGGAGCUGCUGGAGGAUGAAAGCAACCAACUGUUCUUUGGGGAGGUUGGGAAGCAAAUGGUGAUAGGGCUGAUGACAAAGGCUGACAAGAACCCCAAAGCCUUCGUGGAGAGCUAUGAGGAGAUGCUGCAGUAUGCCCUGAAGCAGGAGACCUGGGCAACCACCCAGCAGGAGCUGCAGGGAAGAGGGGUGGUGUGCAUGAGCUUCUUUGACAUUGUGUUGGACUUCAUCCUGAUGGAUGCCUUUGAGGACCUGGAGAACCCUCCCUCCUCCGUGCUGGCCGUGCUGCGCAACCGCUGGCUGUCCGACAGCUUCAAGGAGACUGCUCUGGCCACUGCCUGCUGGUCAGUUCUGAAAGCAAAAAGAAGGCUUCUGAUGGUCCCGGAUGGGUUUAUCUCUCACUUCUACUCCGUAUCGGAGCACGUCAGCCCUGUCCUGGCCUUCGGCUUCCUGGGGCCCAAGCAGCAGCUCUCUGAGGUCUGCACUUUCUUCAAGCAGCAGAUCCUGCAGUACCUGAAGGACAUGUUUGACCUGGACAAGGUCAGGUACUCGUCGGUGCCGGCGCUGGCCGAGGACCUCCUGCAGCUGUCGCGGCGCCGCAGCGAGAUCCUGCUGGGCUACCUGGGCACACAGCUGCCCCCCGAGGCCAAUGGGCUGCUCCCCACCGACCCUGAGCCCCUCAGGGAGCUCAUCUGAGCCCAGCCUGGCCGGGAGGAGUUUUGUACCAGGACCUUUCUCCUCCCAGAGGGGGAGGAACCUCCCUGCCCCCUGGGGUGGUGGCAGCAGGCCCCCCUCAGCGCAGCGCCCGGGUGGGACCUCUGCUCUCUGCAGGGUUUGCUGGGAUGGAUCCAGGACCACUUGCCAGCUUCUGGUUUGAAUUCCUUCUUUGUUCCACCUUCCUCUUCUUUUUAUCAUCAUUUUUCAUGUGUCACACAAACCACAGACUGCCUGGGGCCAGACUUUUGCCCACCUCUCGAAGGAGGGCACCAAGUGCAGCUGUCCUGCCUGGCAGGACGCCCUGCUGUCUGCCAGGGCUUGUGGGAGCCAGGGGCACCACUGCCCCAUUCUCCACUGGCCCUUUAGCUUCCCCAGGAGGCUUUGUUUGCUUUGGGAUUUCAGGAUCAUGCUCUGUUUCCACAGGCAGGGAGUGGCAAAGGUUUCUUUCCCAGGCAGGAGGAAAUGCUUCUGUAAAGCACUGAGGUAAAGCAAGCAGGCUGCAGCUCUGGGGGAGCUGCUCUGUGCCCUCUGCUGCUCUGUGCCAGGUGGGGGGCUCUGUGCCAUGGUCAGCCUGUCUGAGGAGCCUGCUGAGGUCUGUUUGCAUCCUGCAAGUGCACAAAGUCUGCAGCCCAUCAAAGUGCCUUGAGUGCUUCAGAGGGAGCUGUGGAGGCAGCUGGGGUGGGGUGGUGCUCGCUGCUGUCGGGCACAGGGUGCCGAGUGCGGUGUGUGCAGAGCUGGGGCAGGCUGCUGGGGGCAGGCUGUCAGCCCUGCAGGAGGUGGUGUGGGGCUGGGUGUAGGUCAAGUGGCCUUGGAGUGCUGGGUGAGUUGUUCUCAGAUGUUGUGACCCUGGGGGCACCUGAGCUCUGGCUGCUGUGGCACAGCUGCUGAGCUGGACACUGGACACAAGCAGAGGACUUGAGGACUUCUCCAGGGGUUAAAUCAGCCUGGGCUGACACUUGGAAGACUUUCCCACUGCUGGGGAUCUGCAGGGCCUUAGCAGCUGAGAAAGGAAAUCCUUCAGGGGGGUCUGCAUUGCAACCCUGCCUGACUUCACCUGUGGGUCCAGUACCUGCUCAGUGCUGAGUGUGUAGGUAGAGACUGCUCCAGCUGGCUCCAGGAGGGGCUCCAUGACCUCCAAAGCACAAAUCCAGGACUAAAAGAGCACGAGGAAAGCUCUGCUGUGUGGGACCUAUGGGAUCAGUGUGGCUUGGGAGAGCAGGGUCUGAUUUACUCCUUCACUGAACAUUCCUCUGCUGUGUGUGAAGCUCUGAAUGUAAACCUGUGCCUCUUCCUCUCCUAAAGCUGUGCAGACCUUGGUUGGCUUCUUUCUUUGCAGCUAA